GAAGAGAUUACCCACUGCUGACAGACUGCUGAAACGAGGCAUGCACGUAAAUCAGAACUGUGCUUUCUGCGCGGUCCUUACGGAAAGCUGCGACCAUAUGUUCAAUGAUUGUGUUUACGUUCGAUUCCUUCUUCUCAAUAUAGGAGGAUUGGACACAACUGACGUCGGCACAUGCGACGUUCGAGAUCUCUGGGCCAGAGCUACUGAAAUCCUUGUUGACCCGUUGAGAAAACAAGGCCUGAUCCUCCUGGCUGCGACGUGGUGGGUCAUCUGGAAGGAUAGAAACAACUAUGUUUUCAGAGGAAAGCCGCCCUUUAUCACCGGGUCUCUGGAACGGGUGAAACUACUAAUCAGCGAUUGGACCACGAUGCUCUGA